ACAGACAUGGUUUAAUUUAACCGGAUCUCUGCAAACUCACAGUUCAAUCUAUCUUUGCCCACUGGCACGUUCAAAUCCUCGCGACGUUCGCGAUUUAACCUCACUCUUUAUUGGAAGAAAGAAAGAAUAAGCUGCUUUUCCGAUAUCUCGUAAUUAAGAUGUUAGGGCUACUUUUAUUAGUAGCCAUUCUUGGUACAUCAACAUUUGCCUACAAUGGCGAACUGGUGGAACAAGAAUGUCCCAUGGAUUGUCAUUGUCAUUAUUUCCGUGUCAAUUGGGUGACCGACUGUUCUGAAAGCAACUUAACGAACAUCCCGAUUGACGAGCUUAGUCCAAAUGUCUACGUUCUAGAUAUGAAUGGUAACAACAUCGCACAGGUUGCUCCAUUUCCACAUUCGAUCAAGCUAAGACGUCUCCAGAUGGCACAUAAUCGAUUGACCGAACUCAAGUAUAAGUCAUUCGCCGGAUUAACUUAUUUAUUGGAAGCGGAUUUUUCCUGGAAUGCUAUCACUCAUGUCGAUCCCGAGGCGUUUAGGUAAGAGAAAUUUUCAGAUUCAUUUUUUAUAGAUAUCUUGUUCCUAUACAUGCACAUAAAUAAGAGUCAUUGCACUGUUUAUUUACAUAAUAAAAAAAAAGUAGAGAUAAUGAUUUGUAGAAAUAAUUUACAUUUUUUAUUUUUAUAGCAAAACUUUGAUUUUCUAAAUUAAUUAGAAAUUUUAUAAAUUAGAAAUUAGAAAUAAUAAUAAAUUAGAAAUUUAAAUUAAAUUAAAUUAUUUUAAGAAAAUCUGUUUGGAAUAUUACAUAUUGGAAUUAAAAUUGAAAUUGUAAUUGUAUAUUUUAACAAAAUCUAUCUAUAAUAUUUUUAUUUAAAAUAAUAAAACAUAUAUUUUAUGAAAAUAAUUGUAUUAAUUAAUUAAAAAAUAAUAUAUAAUUAUAAAUUAUAAAUAUAUUUAAUUUUGACAAUUUUGUAUCAUCUUAAUAAUUUUCAAAUUAUUUUUUGAAAAUAUGAUCAGAAAAUUUUAUUUAUUGAUUUUAUUUUCAGAUAGAAUUAUUAAAACAUUGAUCAAACUUUUAGAAAUCUACAAAUUUAUUAUUUUUAAAUUUAAUUCGCAGUCCUUAAUAUAUUUUUAAUUUGAGAAUUUCUGUUUAUUUAUUUGAUAAAUUUUAAAUAUUUUAAAUAAUAAUUUUAUUAUUAUUAUUUUAUAAUUAUUAUAAAUAAUAAUUUUAAAUAAUAAAAUAAUUUAUAAUUUUUCAUAUUACGUCAAAAUAAUUUAUUUUCAUAUUUAAUAUUUAAUAUUAAAUAUUUCAUAUUUCAUAUUUAAUAUUUCUGUAAAUAUAAAAAAUUAAAUAUUCGAAUAAAUAUAGAAAUAUAUUUUGGGCAUUUAUAUUAAUUUUUAUAUUUUCAAAAAAAUAUUGAAAUAUCAUUCAAUAAUAAAUAGCAGAAUUUAUUUUAAAACUGCAAAAAAAUAAAUUAAAAAAAAGAAACAUUUCUGUUAGGGAUUAUAUUAAAUAUAAUUCCUAAACAGAAAAAUAAAUACUUUUUAUUUACAAAAUGAAAAAUUUGCAUACAUAUUUUAAAAACUUUAAUAAAAAAAACUCUGAAUUGAUUUUCUUAAAUUUAAAAUGCUAAUAUACCUCCUAAGUUUUUCAGAAAUUUUUAAUCUUCCGUAUAGGUAAAUAUUAUCAAAAAAAAUAUAAAUCUGAUUUACAAUAUCGUUACAAUACUUUGAAUAUCGUUUCACGUAAUUCGCUUCUGAUCAAUGGAUGUUAUCCUAACAAUGCUACUUAUGCUACGCGAUAAGGACAGUCCUGGUCUAAUUACGCUGGAACUUCAAAACAACCCUUUGGAAGAGGUUAAGGGUCACUUCUUAAAAUGUCGCACCUUGCUCUACCUCGAUUUGAAUUCGUGCGGUAUACGACACCUGAACACGCAAUUCUUCCACAAUACAACGAAUCUAAAUAAACUCGACUUGUCCCAUAAUCCACUUGGACAAAUUAAACCUGGCCCGUUUGAUCACCUCGCCAAUUUGGAAUAUCUGAAGCUGAACGCUUGCAACUUGACCCACAUUUCAUCAAUCGCGUUUGCCCAUUUGGAAAAUCUUCGAGAACUCGAGAUGGCGGAAAAUGAUCUACGCACGUUAAGCUGGACGAGUGUAUUAGCACCUCUAGUUCGAUUAGAAUAUUUAAACAUCAGAAAAACUGGCAUCACCAAUCUGCCAGGCGAUGCCUUCGCACAAAACUUAUACCUUAGACAAUUGGUCCUUGCUGAUAAUGAAUUGUGGCACUUGGACGUUGGAAAUACAUUGGGUCACAACUUGCACAGCCUUCAAUCGUUGGAUCUAUCGAAUUGCAAUCUGCAAGAUCGCCUUUCGGAAGAGGCUUUCAAAAACGCUAGCAAAUUGCGCGUGUUGAAUUUGAGUGGUAAUCCAAUGUUCGCCGCUGAUUUGACAGUGGUUCUCCGUCAUUUGCCAAAACUUCAUAAACUUUCACUGAGCAAAUGCAGCCUGCAACGUCUGCCAAACGCGUUCCACAUUUUUAAACAUUUGGAAGAAUUAGAUAUCUCGCAUAAUCCUCUGACAGACGCGUUCGUCAGUUUGCUAAACCCGCUAGAAUCGUUAGAAUAUCUGGACAUGUCUUAUUGUAAUCUUGGUUACGUUGGAAACAACACAUUUGCUCACAUGACUUUUCUGAAGAAACUGAUCUUAUCCGGGAACAAAUUGCAUACGCUGGAAGAAGGAUUAUUCGCUAAUCUGACACGAUUGGAGAGUCUAGAAUUGAACAACUGCGAUCUGAAGACUCCGAUUGAUCCCAAGGUGUUCGGUGAUCGCAUCACUACCGACAUCAUCGAACUCAAACUCAGUGGAAAUUCUCUGGAAGUACCCGAGGACGGUCCCCUAUUGCCGACCCAAUUGUCCAAUCUCGAAAUCCUCGACCUGAGCAACUGUAAUCUGACUCAUCUGAACGAAAAUCUCUUUUCCACGACGAAAAACUUGACCCAAUUAAACCUAUCCAGCAACACUAUUUCCGGCACAGAGAAUCUAGUCUGUCUAAAAAAGUUACGCAUGCUAGAGCAUCUGGAUCUGAGCAACAACAGUCUGGCCACUGUCAACCGGCGAGUUUUCAAGUUCAAUUCACGUCUGUUAUCGGUCAACUUACUGGGCAAUCCGUUCGUAUGCAACUGCUUCAUCACUGACAUGUGGGACUGGGCUGUGCAAGUGAAGAACGAUCUACACGUGUUGGUAGGCAGUCAACCGGCGAAUUUCGAAACCGGCGCGGCGAAACUGAGAAAGAGUCUGUCCUGUACCUACGACGACGACACUUAUCGCCAGAUUGAGCAAGCUCGCGCUAGUGGUGAUCGUCCUUCUAGAAAAGGUGACUUGUCCCGCACCCGUACUUGGGCAAAAUACGUUCGUGAGUCGAAUUGCGGUCGUAGUUUAUGAUACAUAGCGAACAAAUUUCAACAUCCGAUACUGAAUUUCUUUUACGAGAAGACACACAGCAGACAAAGAAGCGAGUUGUAACGUAUCUUGAAACUGCAAGGCGUACGCAAUUAUACACAUUUACACGUGUACAUAUAUAAUUAUGCGCCAUGCUGUUAAGUAAGACUUAUCUAUUCCCCGAACGAAGCCAAAAAACGUCCCUUUUACUUCUGUGAGGCAUACGACUUUAUUUUUGUAGCUGGUUUCAAUAGGAUUAAGAUGUAUCGCAUGUAAGAGGCAUGUAUCAAACGACAAGACGUUGAAAAAUUUUUAUACGCGGAGAUAACUUGACCUCGCGUUACAUUUUGUUUGAAUGGAAUCUAUGUAUGAUAUUGUAUUGUGCAUUUCGUGCGAGCAUCGUCAUCCUCGUAAAAUCAGAAGAUGGUGAUCGAUCAUUCUUUUAGAUGGGAACGAUGACCAUCUUCGACCAACUUCGACCCUUCCAUAAUUUGAGGGAAAACGUAUUUAUACGCUGGAACGUUGUGCUUGUAUUUCGUUGAAGAGCGGGGCAAUACGUCUAAUGUCGGUUGGGAUGAUUAAUGUAACGAGGGGUGAUAAAAGAAAAAAUAUUUAUCGAUCGUCGGAACAAUGGAAGGUUCUCGAAUUAUCAAUCACCCUUUUACUUCCAGUCUCUUUUGUGUUUCACAGACGCUUCUUUUUUUUUCACACAUUGAUGCGAGAAUUAAUGGUCGAAAUCUAAGACCAUUCGUUGUUCCGAUGACAAUAGUGCCGUGUUUUUAAUUAAAUUCGCUCGAAGACGAUCGAAUCAAUUCUCACACUUUAUUCGCGUCUUACAUGAAUGAUGAAAAUUGAGUUGAAUCAAUUAAUAGAUAAAAAUUAUAACAAAAGAUUGUGAUAAAAUGAGGAAAUUCUUGGAAGAAGUUUAAUCUUUACAUUAAAAUCGAACAUAGAUUCUAUUUAAGCAUUGAUGAAUAACAUGAAAUCGUCAAUUAUCUUUGCGCAAUUGCGUGGAUAAUUAAUGAAAGAUUUUUGCAUGUUCAUAAAUACUUUCUGUAUUUUUCUGUUAUUUUUCUGUUAUUAUAUGCGAGCAUGUUACGUAAAUGAGUAUGGAUAUCGCCAGGUAUAUUAUUUUCAUUUAGAAAAAUAUUCAGUUGUUCAAAUUAUUGUCUUUCAACUGAAUUGAAAUUGAUAUUGAUCAUAUUAUUUUUUUAAUCAAUUGAGAUAAUUCAUGAUUUGUUGAACACAGGCCACUUAUAUUUUUUAAUUUUUAAUCUUAUAAUUUGUCGUUUAUGAUUUAAAUUCUUUUUUUUUGUAUUAAUAAUUAAAUAAUAAUUAAUAAUGUAAUAAUUUAAUCUAAUUCUGUUUUAUUCUAUUAAUUGAGGAUCAAUUGAUUUCAUAAGAUUUAUCAUUUGUUUUUAUUAUUAUUGUUAAUAGUAUAUUAGCUUCAAUUAGUUUCAUUUUCGUUGUUCUUUAUAGUAUAGUAUUUAUUAAGUUCAAUAUUUGAGCGUAUUUAGAUUAUUUUAGAUUAUAACUGUCAAGAAUAAUAUUAUGUUUUUCAAUUGUUACUAGUUUGCAGUUAAUAUCACGUGACGGAAAACAUUUGUCUUUUAAAGUUGAUUUUCGUUUAUGUAUUCUUCUAUAUUUUUCUUUUGUAAUUAUUUGCUAUAUUCUUGUUUGAACCAUGAAGUGUUCUCUGGCGGUGUUCAUAUAUAAAUAUAGAAUACUCUUAUAAAACUUUGAUUCUCAUUCCUAAUUUUUUCUUUUCUUAAAACAGAGACAAUUUAAAUCUAAUUUAUAUAUUGUAUUAAAUUAUAAAACAAUAAAUAUAUAAAUCAGAUUUUUAAUCACGAGUUCACGUAAAAACAAACAUGAAUAAAAUCAGAUGCCGAGACGAUUUCACUAUAUUUAUGAAAUGUAUAAGACUGUAUUUAAUAAAGAAAUCAAUUUCUUGAUA